CCGGGAGAAGGCGCUCCGGUUGCCACCUCCUGUGUCCAGGCCUCGGCUCUCCUCAGCCUAUCCCCUCCCUCUCCCGGGUCUUCUUCUCCUUCAGUUUCGAAGCCGGUGGCGUCGCGGCCGCCCCGCCCGGCUCUCUGUGACCAGGCUCUCUGUGAGGAUGGUGGGAGUGAAGCCGGUCGGAAGCGACCCGGAUUUCCAGCCGGAGCUGAGCGGCGCGGGCUCCAGACUCACGGUGGUCAAGUUUACCAUGAGAGGAUGCGGACCAUGUUUGAGGAUUGCCCCGGCAUUCAGUUCUAUGAGUAAUAAAUAUCCUCAGGCGGUUUUCUUAGAAGUAGAUGUACAUCAGUGUCAGGGAACAGCUGCCACCAACAAUAUAUCAGCAACACCUACAUUUUUGUUUUUCCGAAACAAAGUGAAAAUUGAUCAGUAUCAAGGAGCAGAUGCUGUGGGACUAGAAGAAAAAAUCAAACAACACUUAGAAAAUGACCCUGGAAGCAAUGAAGACACAGAUAUUCCAAAAGGCUAUAUGGAUUUAAUGCCAUUUAUUAACAAAGCUGGUUGUGAGUGUCUUAAUGAAAGCGAUGAAAAUGGGUUUGACAACUGUUUACGAAAAGACCUCAGCUUCUUGGAAUCUGACUGUGAUGAACAGCUACUUAUUACUGUGGCAUUCAACCAACCUGUUAAGCUUUAUUCCAUGAAAUUUCAAGGACCAGAUAAUGGCCAGGGUCCUAAGUAUGUAAAAAUUUUUAUCAAUCUACCCCGAUCUAUGGAUUUUGAAGAGGCAGAAAGGAGUGAACCAACUCAAGCUCUGGAACUGACAGAGGAUGAUAUUAAAGAAGAUGGCAUCGUUCCACUUCGUUAUGUUAAGUUUCAGAAUGUUAACAGUGUAACUAUAUUUGUUCAGUCCAAUCAAGGUGAAGAAGAAACAACAAGAAUUUCAUAUUUUACUUUUAUUGGUACUCCAGUCCAGGCAACAAAUAUGAAUGACUUCAAACGAGUAGUUGGCAAAAAAGGAGAAAGCCACUAAGAUACAGAAGACACUGGAAGACCAUGUUGCAAUCAGAUCUACAGCUCCUGGAUAAUUGCUUGAUUCUCGCCAGAGACUGUCAAUGUUUCAUUCAUUGCCAUUACCAAUAAAUCAUUGCUUUUGUUCCGAUGAUAUCACUAGUGUUUCUAUUGUAAUCUUGACACAUGCAGUUGUAAAUAAAAGUCACUACUUUUGCCAAGCUUAA